CUCUUCGAUCCUGAACAAGACUAUAUAUCUUUUGUGUCCAAUUCUGUCUGAUGUAAUCCGAUACUAAUAUGUCUAAUCCAAUCUAAACGUAUCCUGCUUACCAAACCAAGCGCACCCAUAAAGGUCUUACAUAGAAAUUCCAUAGUGUAAAAAUCCAAUAGACGCAUUGUUAUUGGAACAUAAUUUGGAAACAGAAAGUAGGUUUUCAUUCAUUGGGGGAACACACAAAACAUUUGACGGUAAAAAAGGGUUAAUAGUAAAAGAGGGCAGAGUCGUCGCAAAUGUCAUAAGUGUAGAAUUCUUGGUCUUGGUUUUGGAUCCGUUGAUCAAACAGAACCUAAAAAAAUUUUUCUUGAUCGUCGAUGAAAUCCUAGUCUCACACUUCUUCAUCAUUAUUGAAGGUUGUGGGUUUAACACCAGCGGAAAAUUGCAAGUUUGCAACUAUACCACCACAAUCCAAUUCACACCCUUGAUUCUCGAGUAAUGGACGACAAGCUGAAGAAAGUGUUCAAUUUUCCUUCCAAAGGACUACUACAAAGCAAAGAAUUAUAUGAGUAUAUGUUGGAGACUAGUGUAUAUCCGCGUGAACCAGAGCCUCUCAAGGAAUUAAGGGAGCUCACCGCCAAUCAUCCCAACGCCCAAAUGGCUACUGCACCAGAUGCAGGUCAGUUAAUGAGCAUGCUCUUGAAUCUAGUUAAUGCAAAGAAGACAAUUGAAGUUGGAGUAUUCACAGGAUACUCUCUUCUCCUCACUGCACUUUCAAUUCCCGAAGAUGGCAAGAUUGUUGCCAUAGACAUAAACCGUGAGACAUAUGAGAUUGGGUUGCCAAUUAUUAAAAAAGCAGGUGUUGAGCACAAAAUCGACUUUAUUGAAUCUCUGGCCCUACCAAUUCUUGAUCAACUACUCGAAGAUCCUCAUCAUGGAGCUGGGAGCUUCGAUUUUGCUUUCGUUGAUGCAGACAAAGUUAAUUAUUGGAAUUACCAUGAGAGGCUCAUCAAACUGUUGAAGGUGGGAGGUAUAGUUGUCUAUGAUAACACACUGUGGGGAGGAACAGUGGCAAUGCCUGAUGAGUUGGCUCCAGAGGAAAUGAAACAGAGCAGACAGCUAACUAUCGAGCUCAACAAGUUACUGGCAGCUGAUUCUCGUGUCCAGAUCUCACAUGCGCCAUUAGGAGAUGGAAUCACGAUUUGCAGGCGUAUCUACUGAGCUUGUACUUCAAAAGCUCAUAGCUAGCUUGCUCACCAAGGUACUGCUUGAACAAUUAAUUUCCUAUUGAUUCAGAAUCCAUGGGCAAUAAAAGGAAAUUUGGUUAAUUGUCAAAUAAUGCACUGUCCAUCCACACAUAAAUAGCACCUGCAGCAGAUAUGUAAUCAGCAUCACGUAAGUUUUUGAUUAGAUGACGUCCAUGAGGCUGCAAAUCUGAUUAUUUUGAACAAGAAUUGCAUUUGCAUAUGAUGGAUUUAUGCAUUAUCUGAUUGCUUGAAAGAUAACAUUAAGGA